GAGAGAGUAAGAGAGAGAGAUUGAAGGAGGGGAAAAGAGGUGCUUUGUACCAAGUGUAUGGAUGUUUUGUAAUGUGCAUCUGUGGCAAGAUACUGUGUUUGUGUUGCAAUGAUAAGAGUGAAUUUUUUUAGUUUUUAUUUUUCAUAUAGAGUGACUUGAUUAUGUAUGCGGGCACUUGGGGAGUGUAUCUGGGCCAGGAUGCGUAUGGGGUAUGUCACCUUGUGUGUGUGUGUGUGUGUGCACAUUUGUGUAUGCGUGUGUUAUUGGUAGUUUGUGGAAAUGAUUGACAUCUCAGGCAGGUGAUGCUGGCUGACCUCUGCAGCUCAGUUGUAGAAGUCUCCCCAGAUGGGUUGACCAUAAAACUGCUCUGAUCCAGAAUCGAUGCUAAGUCUAUGACUCACCAAAAUACCUUCAUCACAGUCACUAAAUGCACACAUCUGAUCUCCAGGUCACUAGUUGUCUGACAAAUUGAUUUUUAUCUACAAACUGUAGGCGGAACCAUUAUGGAGGGUUAGCUUCCCCUGAUCUCUUAUUUCACUGCUGCCUUUCCUCCCCUCCCUCUCUCAUGUGAAACCCCGCCUGUCCCUGUGUUCCGGGGCGAGCGAUGGCGCAGGGACGGUUGGGGUGACGGGGCUGAGCUGCCUGCACCACUUCUGCCGUUUCCAGGAUUUCUGCCAGACAGGUGGCAGAGAGCCAGCUCAAACGGCUCCUCUGGCCCUUCCAGAGCGGAAGUGCCAAGCCCUGAGGGCCCGGCAGAAUCCGUGCACACGAGUCCUCAGUGAAAAUACGUGCCCCUCAAUGCAUACUUUACUAAAUGUAAGUGGUAGAUGCAAAAAUGUAAAUGUAAAAGUGGUUUGUCCAGUUACUACAUUACGGUAGUCUAAUAGUUGGGUGCAAAAAUAGUGUUUUUAUCUUGUGCUUUUAAGAACGCUUGUAUUUUCUUGUUUUUCAUGUCUACUUUAAUAAUGAAGUCUGGUGGCUAAUGGCCUUCUCCUCCCUCGGGCGGUCUCCCAUGGCAACGCCCAACCGAAUGGCGCAAGUGAACAGGUCACUCAGGAGUCCUGACAGCCUGGCUGGGGAGAUGCAUGCUAUGCCAAAUAUAGUGUCACCGCCAAAUUGUUUAACUUUCCCACACAUGGAGUUCCGAAAUUCCGUCUUUGUUUAAAUCUUUCAGUCCAUAGGGAAGAAAAGUUUCGUGCAUGUGGGUGCAUUUAACUCUGCUACACGGCGCCGGCUGGCAGAGAGGAGAAAGCACUUUUUAGAAACAGGAGGGGCCCAGCUGUCUGAUCGACUGCACACAGCUUUAGGAGUUUGACAUCUGAUCCGUCCUCGGGUCCGGUGGGUAGGGAGGAGAAGGGAAUGACGAAAGAGAAGUUAAAAGUAAAGAAUGAGUUGGAAAGCUGCUUAACCGAGGAGACGGAAAUGAACAGGGAGCUGGAUUUGGCCGGAGUUCAGAUUCCAGAGGAGGACACCGUGAUUGAGAGGGAGGGAGACCCUGCGCGCUCCCAUCCAGAUGUUCGCAGUAGCUGAGGUGGACUGUAUUUGGCCUCAACUGAGUUCAAGUCCUGCGGCGAUACUCGUAGCACACGGUCUCGAGAAACGACACGACGGCUUCAAGCAGUAGCCUAUCCAUCACAUUUAUAGCGGCUGGAUUUAGUGUCUGAAGUAUUUAACAAGCAGGCACCCAAAAAUCCCGAUGGAGUGCCGAGCUUUGAAGUUGCGCAAAUGGUCUGGCGAUAGCCGGCAGCAUACAGGGGUGUGCAGCCUGUGGACAUCAGUGAUGCUGUUACUGGCGAUACUGGAUUGGUCUGUGGCUUUUCCGUCCUGGAGAAGGGAAGCGGAGUCAGGACUGACCUCUCUCAGACCCUACGUUGAGCUUUCUGACUCCGUGAACAUUUGGUCCAAAGUGACACAGACCCGAUCCAAGCGCUAUGCCAUCAACCCCUUGGGCCACAAGUGGGAACACGCUAACAUCACCUACAAAAUCACCAAGUUCCCCAACACUCUGAACAAAGAUGACACCCGUAAAGCCAUCAGCAUUGCCUUCACCAUGUGGAGCGAUGUCUCGCCCCUCUCCUUCACUGAAGUCACCCAUCCUAACCGAAGUGCUGACAUCAUCAUUGGCUUCUACACCUUCAACCACACAGACUGCUGGUGGUCCCCACUGCACCCCUGCUUUGACGGAUUAAACGGAGAGCUGGCUCACGCUUUCCUCCCCCCGCGCGGGGAGAUCCACUUUGACAACCACGAGUUCUGGAUACUGGGGAAAUCACGCUUCAGCUGGAAACAGGGUGUGUGGCUGAAUGACCUGGUCCAGGUCGCUGCCCAUGAGAUUGGCCACGCCUUGGGUCUGUGGCACUCCCGAAAUCCCCAGGCAUUGAUGCACCCCAACGCCACAUACACGGGACAGCGCAGCAUUUCUCAGGAUGACAUCUGGGGUAUCCAGCGCCUCUAUGGCUGCGAGGACAAGAGGCGGGUGUGUGAUCCGUGGGCUCGGCUGGGCUUUUGUGAGAGGAGGAGGAGCUUCAUGAAGAAACACUGCCCUCGUCGCUGUGACCUCUGCCUUGAACCUCUGGAGGAUGAUACCACGCCGACAUCGCCCCCGCCAAACAUCAAGACGAAGCUGGUCCCCCGGGGGAAGGUAGUGGGCUUCCGCUGCGGGGCGAAAAAUCCCAGAGGGCCCCCAAAAGUCAGCUGGUACAAGGAUGGAGAGCUCCUCUCCACAUCCAUCCCAGGCUACAUCAUCAUCAAGGACCGGGACCUGCGCAUCGUGGCCAACGAGUUCAACGAAGGCACCUACACCUGCAGGGUCCGUCGCCGUGGCAACGUGGUCUCCGCCAACUCCUGGGCCAUCCGCUUGAAACCAGAGCACUCCUCCAACAGCUAAGAGUGAGGGAUGUGAGAGAAGAAGAGGCAGCAAAAGAGGGGCAGAAGACAGAAUGGGUAGAGGGAGGGGUGGAGACUGGGAGAGCAGAAGAGGAGUGAGUGAGACAGCGACGGGUAUAAAUAACGGAUGAAAGAAAAUAAGAUUCUUGUUCACCUGGUCCAUACAACAGAUCUUCCUGCCUUACAGAGUCCUGUUUCUUCUGCACAUCUCACAGCGGGAUAAUUUCCACAAGCUCUUCCAGUUAUUCUCCGACCUCAACUGAUGGCCUACAACCAAGAACUGACUGAGGUAGUGACUCAGCAUUAACACUGAAAGACUGUUUAGCCACACUUCACUUUAAGUUGCCAGUUUACCUUUAGACUGAUACAGCUGCUAAGUAUUAUAACACUCAGUCACAGUGACUAAGUUUAAUACAAUUUCCAUUCAAGCAUCCACAGUUAACUAUAGUUACAUUACUUUUAAAAUGGCAACACAGUACUGUAUGCGGGCUUUGGGCCAUGUUUAUUCACAUAUAAUUCCAUAAAACCCAGACUUGCUGAUUAAGCAAAUGCUACAUAUAGUGCUAGCACUGUAGUUUUUAGAGGUAAAUUGGUGAUUUACAACAAAGUAUUGUGUGGUAGAAAAGUGAAAAGGUGCUAUAAGCAGUGUAAGUAAUUUUAUUACAUGUAACAGUUAUCACUAAUUGAAAUUCAUCAACAACCCUUACUUUACACAGAACUGUCAAAUAAAACAAUGCAAAUAAA